CAUAAUUGUCUGCUGUGAUCCGAGUGCAGUGCAUGCAGUGAUCAAGAAACGUUUCUUUUGGGUCUCUUCAAGCUAGCUAGCUAUAAAAUAUAGCUGUGUCCACCAAGUUGCCUAUAAUCAUAAUGUAUAAUGGCUGCUCUCAUUGAACCAUCACCUCGUUACUGUCAAUUCUCUACUGUGGCUGGUGGACGCCAUUACCUAUGGAAGGGAGAUGGGUCUAACAUCAUUGCUCUGUGUGAUCCAAGCACUGAGCUGUGGAGCCUCUUGCACACCACUGGACCUCUACCUCCUGGAGAGUAUGGUGGUUGCUCUGUUUGUGUAGGUCGAUACCUGUACACUUUUGGUGGUCGUGAAGGGUCUUCUUUUUACAAUGACAUGGGCAAGCUUGAUCUGGACACUUUUCAGUCAACCAAAGUUCAAUCCUCUGGUAUUCAGCCUAUGAAAAAACAAGGCUGUGGACUUGUCUGUGUGAACGAGAGAACUCUGUGCUGCUUUGGAGGAGAAGGUAUUGAGGGCCCCACACAACCAGGAUCAACAUUCACCAGUGGAUGGACAAACGAGUUGCAUUUCUUUGACACACAAAAGGGUGUCUGGUCGUCCCCUAAGCUCAGAGGAGAGAGACCUCCUCCCUGUAGUGACUUCACCUUCACCAUGGUGGAUCAGCGCAGGGCAGUCCUGUUUGGAGGGUGGCAACCUGGCCGUGGUAAUAGGGUCAAUGAUGUCUACCUAUUUGAUUUCAGGACCAUGGAGGUCACUAAGGUGAAGCCAGCACAGGGAGAGCCACGGCCAGUGGAGAGGAGACACCAUGCUGCCUGUUGUCUCAACUAUGGCCAGGACUACCCUCAUUUAUUGGUGUACGGAGGAGUGGGUAAAGACCUCAAGACACUGGGGGACAUGUGGACACUUAAUGUUGACACCGGCAAGUGGACAGAGGUGACACCUCCUGAGUCAAAAACACCACGUUACUGGCACUCCAUCACUGCCACCAGCUUGGGACCAGGACUCACUGAGGUCCUCGUGUUUGGAGGCAAGCAGACACUGUUGCUAUUUGAUCAACCUAUUGCUGAGACCACCAUACUGAGAUUUGAGUUGACUGGACCCUCGGCUGGGAAGUGGGCUAUCGUGGAUGUGGCCCACAACGACACUAGAGGUUCUGCCCAGCGACUGAGCGAGAAGAGGAUCAGACAAGCAACUGCUCGUGCCUCAUCAGUACGUCAGUGAGAUCAACGACCACUAGGCCUUGAUAAAUUAUCCUUUUUUUUUUGUCUAUUAUUCUUUUUGACUAUUCUCAAGUCAGCCCCCAUUAUUCGACAUCCCUCUCAUUCUGAAAGAACAAUUUAUUUUUAGUUGUAUUGUAGCAUUACAGAAAGUGAAAUAUAAUCCUCUAGUCCUGA